AUGAUCGACAAGGAGAAACGCGAGAUCCUGCCCACGUUGAUCACAAAGUCGUACGUGACGCGAAGAUUACCCACUCUGUUCGCAAUGGCUUUUGUGGGGAUCGGUUGGACUUUGAACGAAGUGGCAUUGGCAUGGAUUCAUGAACGCGUUCCCCGGGAUACACCACCGUUGCCUGAUUUAUGGUUUUCAUGGUUUCCCGAGGUCAGAGGAGCAAUCAGAAUCACUGAGUACAUUAUGAUCAUUCUUGUGGUGAACGCUGUCGUG